CAUUUAUAUCAUUCCGGCUGAUUGUGAAGAAUUAGAUAUAAUUUUAUAAUCAAUAAUUGAUUACCUAUCACACCUAUCACAUAUAAAUGGGAUGUUUCGAAAGGCAUUAUUAAAUAUUCACUUUUUAUCAGAGUCUCAUAUUUUCGACAAAAAAUUCGCCAUAUUUUGCACCGAUUUUUUGAAUGGAGUUGUGAGAAAUACGAGUAAUUUGGCUUCUAAAAAUCCAAAAAUGGCUCCAAGUCCCAGUGAUCCAAGUUCUUUUUCCAGACCAGAUCUCGUAGCGGUCACCCACACUCACCUUCAACUUUCUGUGAAUUUCGAGAAGAAGAUUUUAGAAGGUCAUGUUAUUCUUGAUGCGGAAAGAAAAGACGAGACAACUGAUUCUCUGAUUUUAGAUGUCCGAAAUCUGACGUUGAUAAAUGUAACGAAUUGCCAAGAUGAUUCGAAACUCGAAUACAGUGUCGGAGAAACUAUUUCAUACGGAUCCAAGCUGAGUAUAAAAUUACCCAACAUUCCUGAAUCAAAAGAUGGUAACACAAGGUAUAAAAUUAAAAUUCAGUACCAAACUUCGCCGAAAGCAACUGCUUUGCAAUGGCUCGAUCCUAAACAAACUUCUGGUGGCAAGCAUCCUUAUGUAUUCUCCCAGUGCCAGGCAAUUCAUGCCCGGUCGAUGCUACCUUGUCAGGACACGCCAGGUUUAAAAACUACAUACAGUGCUGAGAUUAAAGCGCCAAUGUGGGCCACAGUUUUAAUGUCAGCUCUGCAUAAUGGAACCGAGGAUGUAGAAAACUUCUCAAAACUCAGCAAGUUCCAUCAACCCGUUCCAACUCCUUCAUAUCUUAUAGCAAUUGCAGUUGGUAGUUUGGUUUCCAAAAGAGUUGGACCCAGAUCCUCGGUUUGGGCUGAAAAAGAAUUAAUAGAGCAAAGCGCUUACGAAUUUGCAGAAACUGACACUAUGCUUCGGACUGCCGAAGAAAUUUGCGGUCCCUACGUUUGGGGUGUCUACGAUCUGCUGGUUCUCCCUCCCAGUUUUGCCUAUGGUGGAAUGGAAAAUCCUUGUUUAACUUUUGUGACGCCAGCUUUACUCGCUGGUGAUCGUUCAUUAGCCAGUGUAAUUGCUCAUGAAAUUUCGCACAGCUGGACUGGAAAUUUGGUGACGAACGCGAACUUUGAACACUUUUGGUUAAACGAAGGAUUCACUAUGUUCAUAGAAUUCAAAAUAGAUGGAAGGAUGUUUGGUGAAAAAGUUAGACAAUUUAGUGCCUUGAUGGGGCUCUCAGAACUCAAAGAUGCUCUUAAAUCCAUGAGUCCUGAAUUCACAAAGUUGGUCGUAAAUUUGGAUGGAGUGGAUCCAGACGACGCAUUUUCCAGAGUUCCGUACAUGAAGGGCCACACUUUCCUUUAUUACCUGGAAGAACUUCUUGGUGGUCCUAAAGAAUUUGAACCUUUUUUGAGAAGUUACUUUGAGACGUUUAAGUACAAGAGUAUUGUAACAUCAGACUGGAAGGAUUACUUGUAUAAAUACUUCUCGAACAAGACCCAGCUUCUGGAUUCAGUAGAUUGGGAUACUUGGCUAAACAAACCAGGCAUGCCUCCUGUUAUUCCAAAUUAUAAUACCGAUUUGUUGAAUGCUUGCACCAACCUAGCUGAAAAAUGGGUUUCCUGGGACGAAAAUACUGCCUCGACAUUUGUGAAAUCGGACAUUACGGAUCUAACACCCAGUCAAAGAAUACAAUUCCUAACAGUAUUGUUUGAAGAUGAUACUGUGCUUCCAAUUAAGAAGCUGCAAAAAAUGCAAGAGGCUUAUGACUUUGAUUCUGUCCAAAAUGCGGAAAUCAAAUUAAUGUGGAUUCGCCUGGCUCUGAAAUCUCGAUGGGAACCGAAAGUCGCAGAAGCUCUCGAUUUUGUAUCAAAAGUGGGUCGCAUGAAAUACGUCAGACCAAUUUAUCGGGAUCUUUAUGCCUGGAAAGAAAUGAGGCAGAGAGCAAUAGACAAUUACAUGAAAACUAAAGAUGAGAUGAUGUUCGUUACAGCCGAAAUGGUAAAGAAAGACUUGCAUCUUGACGGUAAUUAACGUGGAGCCCGGCAAUUGAAAAUCGAAACAUUCGCGCAUUUAAUAUUCUAGAAGAAUUAUUCAUGCAAUAUUUUAUUUCCUAAGAAAGAUCAAUAAAGUAAUUUUUAC